AGCCACAAGGCAACACUUUCAUCGGUCUCACUUUUUACGGAGUGACAGGUUGAAACGCAGUGAGCCCUGUAAUUGCAGGGUGUUCCCAAGGCAACAGAUAAGGCAUGCAUUUCGUCAACCUGUUUGGGUUCAGUUUCUGAAAAACAACUGAGACUGACGGUGACAGAUUGAGACUGACGCAUUGAUUGCGCUGUUUGGUCGAGACCCGCAUGAACGCAGUAACAUUUAAAGUGUUGCGGCGCUCGCGCCAUUCUAGUCAUUGCAUCUUCUAUGGGAAAUAUAUAUUUCAAUCUACGACGCAGCCGAGGAAGUUCAUUGAAGAAAACGCUUGUCUACACAACAGUUUGCCGCAAGGAGGAUGGUCCUCCCCUUCCUCCUCUGAGGAGCCUCCACUGCUGCUGGACAAAGGCACUAACUUCUGCUGGUCUUACUUUGGUUACACACACUGUGGGACUGACUGUGCACCCUGUCCCGUUCACCCCGACAAGAUGCAUAUGAAUAGCUUACUGAAUCGAUGGAACGAGCUGUCCAGGAUGAGGUGUGAGUUGGAGGUGACCCCUGAACCCAGCAGCCCCACGCUGCUCGGAGAGGUAGCAGACACCUACUGCCAGGUGGACCGCUGGCAGAAGCUUCGCACCGCUGUCCGCAAACUGGAAUUCUGGGAAGACUUCAGUGCCGAGCUGAUUGGGAGUGGCUUCUUCUCCAAGGUGUACAAGGUGUCGCACAGCACAACGAGGAAAGUGAUGGUGGUCAAGAUCUAUAAGAACGACGUGGACCAGGACAGCAUCGUACGAGAGAUCAGUCUACUGCAGAAGCUCUCACACCCUAACAUUGUCAGGUAUCUUGGGAUCUGUGUGCGAGAAGAAAAGCUGUACCCAAUACUGGAGUAUGUGAGUGGGGGCUGUCUGGAGGACCUCCUGGCCCAGGAGGACGUGUCUCUGUGUUGGAGGGAGAAGGUGGACCUGGCCUGUGACAUCAGCAGAGGCAUGACCUACCUGCACUACAAGAACAUCUACCACAGAGACCUCAACUCCAAGAACUGUCUGAUACGGGAGACGUCUCGGGGCAGGGAGGCGGUUGUGACAGAUUUUGGUCUGGCCAGGGAGGUAAUGGUGGAGCUGCCAGCUAAUGACCCAGAGAGGAAGAUGUCUCUGGUGGGUUCUGCCUUCUGGAUGGCCCCCGAGAUGCUCCGAGGGGAACCCUACGACCGCAAGGUGGAUGUUUUCUCUUUUGGCAUCAUGCUGUGUGAGAUUUUGGGCCGGAUCUCAGCAGAUCCCGAGAUCCUUCCCAGAACACGGGACUAUGGUCUAGACGUUGAGGCCUUCAGUGAGAUGGUCCAAGGUUGUCCACGACACAUCCUGGAGCUGUCAGCCAACUGCUGUCUGAUGGAUGCGUUUCGGAGACCCUCCUUCUCAGAGCUGCUGGAUGAGUUGGAGGACAUCGCUGAGAGCCUGGAACCCCCCGACUCAAACCUGACCACUGGGUGAGGGGGUGGGGUCACCGUGUACCCCCCUCAGCCCUCCUCCCCUGGAACGGAGGACAGUGUGGACGGCAGCAGGCAGCCACCCCAGUCUUAUACAGAAGAGGCACUUUAUAGUUCAGGUCCGCUCUACAGGAACCAGGUAUAGGGCUCAUAAUGCAGCGCCUCCUGCUGACUCUGUGUGACUCUGUGUGUUUCUCUGAAACAGAACCGGAUCACUGGAAGUUCAACACUCACCACCCCCCACUGUCUUUCUACAGUACAAACUCAGCUAGUGUGGGUCCAUUUGAAAGGGGUGGGGGUCGAAACAGACUCAAAAAUUCCCUAAAGAGCAUUUCCUCCUGGCUCUUAAGUUGUAUUCUAUGAUGUUAUUAUUCCACUUUAAGUUAAGGAUGUAGAAAUCCUUAUUUGUAAAUUGUACAUAAGGAGGACUGUCUGAGUAGUCCUGAUCCGUCUAUUCUCUUCUGUCAUAAUAUCAUCAUUUAAAACAGGGCUUCCCAACCUAGAUCUGCAAUGCUUUAGGCUAGGAACAUGCCGUUAAUUGCCUGAGGAAGACUCAACUCUGAUGCACACGGGACUAUCUUUGGUUUGUCUCGGACAUUCAGAAGCUUAGCUACGACCUUCUAAAGUCCAUGAGUCAAAGAAAUUGGACUGCUUGGGAAGUAAUCUUAUACAAUGUGUGGCUCUGUCACUAUCAAUUGAUCUAUUCACUUUCUGUAAAAGAGAAUAUCUAUAAUUAAAUGAAAGCAUCUUAAAAUGAUCAUAAUAAAACAUAUUUAUUUGAUAGCGGAAUAACAUUGGAGGAAAUCAGAUCUAGACUUUAUUUUCCUUAUCCAUGAUUAUUAAAUAGCCCAUCUAAAAGAUGUCACGAGUCUUCUUAAACUACGUAGAAUUGCAGGAAAUUAGCUUCAAAACAACAACAUUUUCCUUGGUCCCUCAAAUUAAACAAAAUCAAGCUGGUGGUGUAUUUAAUAUAGAGUCUCUCAAUAAACAGAAAACGGGGAGAGGGGUGGGACAUUUUUCAAAUGUGAAAAAGGGGGCCCUGGGGGUAAAAGGUUGGGAAUCCCUGUUUUAAAAUAACAUUUAUGUAGGACUUCUCCCCCUUUCUUUCAUCAGCCAGUCCAAGUGGUGACACAAUCAAAAAUAAAUCCCUCCCUCUGUUAAAGUAGUCAUCUGAAUGAUGUCAUUUAACGGUGAGGUAAUGGUGGACUGCAGCAGUGGAGCAGGUGUACAGGAGGCAGGAUUGCAGGAGGCAGGAUUGCAGGAGGCAGGAUUGCAGGAGGCAGGAUUGCAUUGCACUAGAAGUGACUGUUACAGUACAUGGCUGAAAUCUAUAGGAUGAAGGAAUUGUGCUACUGUCUCUCUCAUUUCCUUCUUUUUCUGGCUUCUAACGUCAACACUGUUCUGUUGGAGAUUAACAGGUGGCCAGUGUUAGGUAAGGGUUGGUGUUCAGUGUGGUUCAGUACUAGGGCCAAGUAGACAGAGGAAGGAGCGCUAUCCCUCCCUCUCAGGAUGUGAAUAAAAUAAUACUAAACUCAAUUAAACACUAACCUUAGGAAGAACUUAACUGUUGUGUAUCGUUUUAUACUAAAUGCCUUUGUUUCUUGUAAUGCUUGUACUGUAUCUUUUUUGCCUCACCCUUUUGUGGGGAUACAUUUUCUUUACCAUAUAAGAUUCAUACACAAAAUAUUAACAUAAAGUACUGUAUCUGUUGAUCGGGUAGAAUUUUGCUUACUUUACAGAUCUUUAGAUUUAUAUGGAAGAUUUAAAGCAAUGUUUAAUAAAAGGCAUUGAUGUGUG